UCGAGGCUUGCGGCCACUUGGAGGAUAGAGAGGAGCGCCGGGUGGGGCGUGGUGCUGGGGUCCGCUCUUGAUGGUUCCUGCUCGCGCUGCCCCGCCUCCCCAACGGAGCACCGGUAGGACGCGCUGGUUGCUUUGCCUGCGUGGUUUCUUCGAGGGAGUCGGUCUUGGCAGAUGCACACGCCACCCAACUAACUCAUUCGCAGUAGGGAGAGAGAUCAAGCCAACCCGGGAGUAGAGGCUUGUUCUGUUUCGAUUUUCAGUCGAUAUUGACUCACUGACGAAUGAAGCACACAAAGAUCCGGCCGAGGACACGAGUGCGUACGGAGCUGCCAGGACCCAAACAUGCAGCAACCUCGGCCCGGGAGGAGCUUCCUGCGGCAGUGUCGAGAGCUCUGCGCAUGCGUCGGUGUGGUGCUGUUGUCGUGGUGUGCUUCCGCACGGACAGAGAGGCCUAGUUGUUCUCUUUGGACUAAGCGGGCUCUUCGCGGCGCUAUCGUGUACCGGCCGCAGCGGUUAUGGGGAAGCUGAACGUGGUUAUGCUUCGGUACCUCUCCAGGGAGCACUUCAGGGUCCUGACAGCGGUGGAAAUGGGCAUGAAAAACCAUGAAAUAGUUCCUGCUAGCUUAAUUGCUUCUAUUGCCAGCCUUAAACAUGGUGGCUGUAAUAAAGUUUUGAGAGAGUUGGUGAAGCACAAACUUCUAGCUUAUGAACGAACUAAAACUGUCCAGGGUUAUCGGUUAACUAAUGCAGGAUACGAUUACCUUGCAUUGAAAACUCUGUCUUCCCGACAAGUCAUAAAUUCUGUUGGAAACCAGAUGGGUGUUGGAAAAGAAUCAGAUAUUUAUAUUGUUGCAAAUGAAGAGGAGCAACAGUUUGCAUUGAAAUUACAUAGGCUUGGAAGAACUUCCUUUCGCAGUCUGAAAAAUAAACGCGACUACCACAAGCACAGACAUAAAAUGUCAUGGCUGUAUUUAUCCCGGCUAGCAGCAAUGAAGGAGUUUGCCUAUAUGAAGGCUUUGCAUGACAGAAAAUUUCCUGUUCCAAAACCUGUAGACUACAACAGGCAUGCAGUUGUCAUGGAACUUAUUGAUGGCUAUCCUUUGUGCCAGGUGAGCCAAAUGGAAGAUCCUGCCUCUGUCUACAGUGAAUUAAUGGAUCUGAUUGUAAAACUUGCCAAUCAUGGUUUGAUUCAUGGUGAUUUCAAUGAAUUUAAUCUCAUAUUGGAUAAUGAUGACCAUGUCACUAUGAUUGAUUUCCCUCAGAUGAUAUCAACAUCACAUGCAAAUGCUGAAUGGUAUUUUGACAGAGAUGUUAACUGUAUUAAGGAGUUCUUUAAGAAACGCUUCAACUACGAGAGUGAGCUCUUCCCAGCAUUCAAAGACAUCAGGAGAGAGUGUUCUCUUGAUAGAGAGAUUGCUGCCAGUGGCUAUACAAAAGAAAUGCAGGAAGGUGGUGAACUGCUUUACCCACCAACUUCUGAUGAGGAUGAUAAUACAACAGAGGUAUCAGAAUUUGUAGAAGAUGCUGAGAAUAAGCUCAACUUCUUCAGCAAAGAUAAAGAAAACAAUGCAGGCUUCAUGUAUGAAGUGGGUGAUUUCUCUGAAAGCAGAACCUCUCCCAACUUUAUGUAUAGCAACGAAGAGGCUGAUAAAACUGAAAGUAGUGAAAAUACACAAAGGCUGAAUAUGUCAAAGCUGAGUUCAGCCUUAGAAAAAGCUGAAGGUCAAGCUAUGCUUUGGAAAUCUGGUGAAGAUGCAGAGAGUUCUGCAAUUGCUUUUUUUGAGGGCAAAAGCGUAACUGAAAAUGCUGCUGAAGUCAAAAAUCAGACAGGCCAAGGAGGGUGCUGUAAUGAUAAGGAGAAUGAAGACAAAUGCCCUGAUCUGGUUGACUUGUCAACUUUAAACGAGAAAUUCAAGCAUUACAGAAGUGAAGAGAGUAUCAUUCAUAUUGCUGAGCACAGAACAAGGACUAAAAGUAUCACAUCGGUCAGAAGUGUUGGGAGCUGUUCAACCAUUCCAGCGGAACUGGUGAAACAGAAGAUAAAAUGUCAACUGACCAAACAUCAAAAGUCUGCUCUGAGGCAACGGCUGCGAAAAGGAGAGGCAAAUAUUUAUACCAAACAACGUCAAGAAAAUAUGCACAACAUUAAGUCAGGCUUGGAUGCAGCUAGUUUCUGGGGAUAAUUUAUUAGAGGUCCCAUAGAACAUGAGAAAACUCACAAUGUAUAUAGUCAAAAGAAUUAUGCUAAUAACCAAUAAUCCUUUUAUAUAAUGGUGCUAAUCCUUUUACAUAAUGUUGCAGUCUCUUCUAUACUACCAAAUGUUUUUCUGGAAGUUAAAAAACCUCAUUGUGGUUCCUGUGAUUUUAAUUGGGUUUGUGUUUCUGGUUAAAAACAUUGACUGUAAUUUAAAUUAGA